ACCAAGGACCCCACGUCCCGAUCCGCGAUCGCGGUCGCGCUCCGAAGCCCUAACGCACCUCGCCCGCAGCGGAUCGAGAGCCGAGAAGAAGAGGCCAUGGUAGCGGUGAUGCAGAAGCAGCAGCACCACACGGAACGGUGGGGCGAUCUCCUGGACGACGACGGCUGCGACCUCGACCUCGGCGUGCUCCUCCCGCCGCCGGUCGUCGCCGGGCCCGACGCCAAGGGCAUCAAGAAGGUGAUCGAGUACCGGAUCGACGCCGAGGGCAACAAGGUCAAGGUCACCACCACCAAGCGCGUCCGCACGGUGCGCCGCUCCAAGAACGCCAUCGAGCGCCGCUCCUGGUCCAAGUUCGGCGAUGCCGCCAAGGAGGACGCCGAAUCGCGGCUCACCAUGGUAUCCACGGAAGAGAUCCUCUUCGAUCGCACGAGUGCCUCAGGGAGCAAAGCUGAGGAGACUAAAGUUGAUUCACUGGUCAAGACAGAUGAAAAGGUGGGAGGUCUUCUCAUGGUUUGCAGAACCUGUGGGAAGAAGGGUGACCACUGGACCUCAAAGUGCCCCUAUAAGGACCUUGCUCCACAACAGGGUGAAAGUUCUACCGACAGGCCUCCUAGUGCGGACGGCUCUGCAACUCCUGGGAAGGGUGGAGCAUAUGUUCCUGUUUUCAGGAGGUCAGGUGCUGAUAGGAGUGGAGUAGACGUGAUGAGGCGGAGGAACGAUGAGAACUCGAUCCGCGUGACCAACCUCUCAGAGGAUGCACGCGAUCCGGAUCUCGCAGAGCUGUUCGGCCAGUUUGGCCCUCUUAACCGUGUAUAUGUGGCAUUAGAUCGCGCGACUGGAGAAAGCAGGGGGUUUGGCUUCGUCAACUUUGUUCACAGGGAGGAUGGCGAGAAGGCUAUCAAGAAGCUCAAUGGUUACGGUUACGAUAACCUUAUCCUAUGCGUCGAUUGGGCAGCACCAAGGCCCAACUAGUUUUUGCUACUAGUGCUUCAUAUAUUUAUAUUUUUAUACUCGUGUUAUACUAUCAGUAUGAUGGUUUAAAGUAGCAGCCUUGUUAUGAACAUACCACUUUGUCGCGAUGCUGCUUUAUGUUAUUUUGUUUGGACGACAAUACUUGAACUCGCUGAUGUUUUUGCUGUGUCGAGAAUCUUGCAAAUGUGAAUUUAGGAGUA